CUCGCUCCUCCCCCCCCCCAACAAUGCUCUCCGGCAUCCUCAUCUUCAACCAGAAGGGCGAGAACCUCAUUUUCCGCGCCUUCCGCAGCGACUGCCGCCCGCGCCUGGCCGACAUCUUCCGCAUCCAGGUCAUCUCCAACCCGCAGGUCCGCUCCCCGAUCCUGACCCUGGGCUCCACCACCUUCAGCCAUGUCAAGCACGAGAACAUCUACCUGGUCGCCGUGACCAAGAGCAACGCCAAUGCCGCGCUGGUCUUUGAGUUUCUGUACCGCCUGGUGGUGCUGGGGAAGAGCUACUUCGGGAAGCUGGAUGAGGAGGCCGUGAAGAAUAACUUUGUCCUGAUUUAUGAAUUGCUUGAUGAAAUCCUCGACUACGGCUACCCGCAAAACACCGAAACCGACACACUGAAAAUGUACAUCACAACGGAAGGCGUGAAAUCCGCGAUCGCCAACUCAGCCACCGACUCCAGCCGAAUCACCAUGCAAGCGACAGGCGCGCUCUCCUGGCGGCGCGCCGACGUCAAAUACCGCAAGAACGAAGCCUUUGUGGACGUGAUCGAGGACGUGAACCUACUCAUGUCCGCGACCGGAACGGUGCUGCGCGCCGACGUCAACGGCCAGAUCAUCAUGCGGGCGUACCUGUCCGGCACCCCAGAGUGCAAAUUCGGGCUGAACGACCGUCUGCUCCUCGACAGCGGGGACUCGAGCACCUCCUCCAGCACACCCGGAAACCGCGACGGCACGAUGAAGGCAACGCGGGCGGCCGCGGGAUCAGUCACACUGGAAGACUGCCAGUUCCACCAGUGCGUGAAAUUGGGACGGUUCGACGCGGACCGCAUCAUCUCGUUCGUGCCCCCCGACGGCGAAUUCGAACUCAUGCGCUACCGCGCGACCGAGAACGUCAACCUCCCCUUCAAAGUCCACCCGAUCGUGCGCGAAGUCGGCACCACGAAAGUCGAAUACAGCGUCGCCAUCAAGGCAAACUACAGCUCGAAACUCUUCGCGACCAACGUCGUCAUCCGCAUCCCCACCCCGCUUAAUACCGCCAAGACGACCGAGCGCACCAGCCAGGGCCGCGCCAAGUACGAGCCCGAGCAUAAUAAUAUCGUGUGGAAGAUCGCGCGGUUCUCGGGCGGCAGCGAGUUCGUGCUUACGGCAGAGGCGACGCUGACCAGCAUGACGCACCAGAAGGCGUGGAGUCGGCCGCCGCUGAGUCUCUCGUUUAGUUUGCUCAUGUUUACGAGCUCGGGGUUAUUGGUUCGGUAUCUCAAGGUCUUUGAGAAGAGUAAUUAUAGCAGUGUCAAGUGGGUGAGGUACAUGACUCGCGCGGGGAGUUAUGAGAUUCGAUUCUAGUAUCUGUCCCUGCAGGCAGGACAGCGUUUCCAAUACCAUAUCAUAUCCAUCAUCUAUUCAUCCUCAUCCCCAUCCACAUCAUCCACAUCCUCAUCCACAUCCACACCCACACCCACAUCCACAUCCACAUCCUCAUCCUUCCGUCGAACGUACAAUACGAUUCGAUUGUUCAUUACCAGCAUCAAGCUCGGGGUCUGGCGUUGAUUGGUUCAUUCAUUCUUACAUCCGUGCUUCUAUGCCGUGGUUGUCUUCGAGUUGUAUAUGUACUAGUAGUUACUACAUGGCAUGCAUGCAUGCAUGCAUGGCAUC